AUGGCCUCCGAAAAGACAUCCACUGCAGUCCCCACGCUCGUCGGCGCCGCCGAGGGCAGCCCCUUUGUGGCGGCCAAGACGAUCAACUCGCUCGCCAACCCGUCGGUGCUCAUCGUCGGCGCGGGUAUCGGCGGCAUCACGCUCGCGCUCGACCUCGACGACCAGGGCCUGACCAACUGGAUUAUGAUCGACCGCGAGGCCGGCGUCGGCGGAACGUGGUGGCAGAACCGAUACCCCAUCCCCGCCGUUGCGUACUCGCACUCGCGUUUCCAGAACUCGCAGUGGACCGAGACGCAUCCCGAGCGCGCCGAGCUCCAGGAGUACUGGGCCAACAUUGUCAAGACGCAGGGGCUCGAGAACCGUCUGCGCCUGCAGCACGACUUUGUCAAGGCCGACUGGGACGCCGAGGCGUCGCUCUACCACGUCACGUUGCGGGACACGGCCAACGACCGCGAGGUGCACGUCGAUGCCCAGGUGAUCGUCGGCGCCACAGGUGCCUUCUCCGAGCCGCGCCGUAUUCCCCUCCCCGGAGAGGACCAGUUCAAGGGGCAGAUUAUCCACUCGGCGCGCUGGCCGCACGACCUCGCGCCCAGCGACCUGCGCGGCAAGACGGUCGUGGUCGUCGGGAACGGGUGCAGCGGCGUGCGAAUCGUCGGCACGCUCGGCCUCGACCCAAAGAUCAAGGUCGUGUCGCUCGCGCGCACGCAGCAGUGGCUCAUGCCGUCGCUCACGCGCGGGUGGGACGGCGCGCGCAACUCUGCGCCCAACUCGGAGCAGCUGCGUGACUUCCGCGCGCGCUUCCCGUUCUUCCAGAAGGUCUACCGCCUGCUCAUGCUCGCCAUCCUCGACUCGCGCUUCAAGACGCAGCUCAUCAAGGAGGGCAAGAGCCGCCGCAAGGUACAGGAGAAGGCAAUUGGCGAGUGGAUGAGGAAACGCGCCCCGCCGCACCUCAAGGACAAGAUUGUCCCCGACUUCCCCUUCCAGGCCAAGCGCUACGUGUUCGAGGACGGCUACUUUGCAGCCAUCAACUCGCCGCAGAACCGCGCCAUCUACGGGCGCGUGACUGCGCUCACCGAGAACGGCGUGCAGGUCGACGACGGCAGCCAUGUCGACGCCGACGUCGUGGUCCUGUCGACGGGAUACGACGCGGACCACAUCGACAUGGAGGUCUCGGGCUCGACCGACAGCACAAACAACUACAACGGCAAGGGCGACCAGGUAUGGUACCACGGCGUGGCGCUGCCCGGCAUCCCGAACUACUUCACGCUCUGCGGCAACAACUUCCUCGUCAACCACAGCAGCGUGACCAUCGUGCUCGAGUUCCAGGCGGCGUACGUCACCAAGCUCAUUGCCGCCAUGCGCGACAACUCGAUCCCCGUGCUCGAGGUUAAGCAGGACGCCGCGGAGAAGUACGACCAGAUCAUUGCCAAGAAGCUCGAGAAGACGACGUGGCCGCUCGUCAACAACUACUGGCGCAAGGGCGGCUCGGGGCGCAUCUUUACCCACUACCCCGGCCCAGUCGUCGCCCAGUGGUGGGACAACGCGUGGGUCGUCUGGUCCGACUACAAGGGCGGCGAGAAGCUCGCGCGCAGCCAGCGCAUCCGCUCGAUCGCGUACACUGUCGCGCUGCUCGUCGGCCUCGCGUAUGGCGGCAAGUGGGCCGUCGACUCGGGCCUCGUCCACCGCCUCGGCGUUGGCGCGCAGGACCUCGUCAACGCCGUCGUGCACGCCGCCACGGCUGCCAAGGACGUUGUCGUCGAGGCCGCGCACAAGAUCACCGGUUAG